AUGGCCAUGCCCGAGGAAAAUUCCCUGAGCCUAGGCACGGUCCUCGUCACCGGUGGCAGCGGCGGUCUCGCUAGCCAGAUCCUCCAGCUCUUCUCGCAGCGUGGCUGCGAACAUCUUCACUCUAUUGAUCUUCGACAGCCUCUUCGUCAUCUCGAGGGUGUUACGUAUCACAUUGGAGACCUUACCAACUCUGAUGCAAUCCGCCGAAUCUUCCAAGACGUGAAACCCGACGUAGUGAUCCACGCCGCCAGUCCCAAAUUCGAUGCCCCAAACCAUAUCUUGUACAAAGUUAACGUGGAGGGCACCAAGACCUUGAUCCAAAUCGCAAAAGAAUCCGGAACCCGAUUCUUCGUGUACACGAGCUCCGCGAGCGUCGUCACCGACGGCACGGCCGAUCUGAAGAAUGCCGACGAGACAUUUCCUGUGAUAGUCGGUGACAAACAACCGGAAUUUUACGUGAAUACUAAAGCCCUUGCGGAGUUAUAUGUCCUGACACAAAACUACCGAGCGAAAGACGGCCAUCAGCACUUCCUGACCUGCGCCAUUCGCCCCUCUGGUAUCUUCGGGGUCGGCGACCUCGUCUUGUUACCUGGGAUGUUGAACGUUUAUUUCCGAGGCCAGACAAAGGUACAAAUUGGUAAUAAUAGAAACCUAUUCGACUUUACCGAGAACACGAACGUGGCGCACGCGCAUUACCUUGCUGCUGUCGCGCUAGCCAGAUUCCAGAAUGACACGCCUGGAGAUGACGCUAGAGUGGAUGGAGAAGCUUUUUUCAUCACAAACGGUGAGCCUCGAUACUUCUGGGACUUCACGCGGCUGGUUUGGGGUCUCGCCGGGGAUACAACGCGGCCGGAUCAGGUGUGGGUGAUUACUCGACCGUGGGCAUUACUAUUGGCGGGCCUAUUGGAGUGGGUGUUCUGGGCAUUUGGGCUAGGCGAACCAUCUCUGACAAGGACCAAGGUCCGCCUCAGCUGCAUGACGAGAUACUUCUGUAUCGAUAAGGCGAAGAAAAGGCUCGGGUAUAAGCCGUUGGUUGGGCUCGAGGAAGGUUUAAAGAAAGCGGUGGAAGACUGUGUGAGACGGCGGAAUUUAGAGCAGGGUACUGCCACUGCUGACAUGAACGAUGUGAAGCAGAAGCGUCAAUGA